UUAUGAUUUUCUUUGUUGUUUUGCAAUUUUAGUCAUCCAAUGCAUUUUUCGCAGUAUUUUUGUUUUGCAGUUUUUUUAGAUUAAUUGCAAGAAGUAUUUAAAUGGCUUCUGGACGCCAACGUUUUAAUUUAGUUUCCAAAUUGAAUAAUAUUCAUGUGGAAGACUUGCAAUACGUAGAACGAGAUUUGUGCUUCUAUGAGCUGGUUUCUUUGGGUUUCCUUCUAUUCGGCGAUGACCGCGUAGCUGCCGAGUUUGCUCUGCAAAAGCUACUCAUCCUAUCCAAUACCCAUAAGGGCGGCGGCUGCGGCGGCGCCGAUUUGCUCACCAAAUACAUAAGCCUAAAUCCGCGCAAUUGGCGUGCUCAGCUGGUAGAGGCCUUGGCUAUAGUGGGUGCCCGUCGUGUGUUGCGCAAGUUGGGAUUCGAUUGGAAUGAAUUACAUCAACACUACCUGCCACAUAUUGGCGAGCUAAGUCUGCAUGUACACCCACUAUUAAAGGCGUUAUACCGCGUAUGUGAGCGUUUGAAACCGGCACAAGCUGGGCAGCUAGUGCUGCGGGUCAAUGAACAACGCAAACGUCCGGAAGAGCUUCUGUGUUUCUAUGAUUUCGCAUACCUGGAAAUAUUUAUGCUCGACUGGAUCUCACGGCGCAUUAUAAUUUUGGGUGAUAGUGCAGCAAAUGGAGCGGAUGUCGAUGUGCUUCUCGAAUUUUUUAAAUUUAAUGAUAUGGAUGCUUUGAAAACACUGCUUAUCGAAACCAUCGUAAAUAAUGCUGAAAAACAGCACGUUAGCAGUGGCGCUCAUAUAAGUGCAGAUAAUUCCACUGCAGUUGCGCCGUUGGAAAAUAAUAAUAUGCUUAUUUCCGCUACUUCUACACCAAUUCCACAAACAGGAGACAAUGCCUGCGCCUCGGUUCGCAGCUGUGACCUAACGAUGGGUGAAAAAUAUGAAGUACGUCGAGAAAGAGCUGGAAUUCUAUUGAUAAUCAAUCAGCUAAGCUUCCAUGAAGAUCCCGAUCCCGCAUUAAAGCACUUGCUGCCAAAAAAGCCACUCAAAGCGCGCUAUGGUUCGAAUGUAGACAAGGAGCGACUGAGGAAUGUUUUUACGGAUUUCGGCUACAGAGCGCAGGAGUUCGAAAAUCUCACACAUCUCGAAUUGAUGCAUCGCAUACGUGAGACUGUAAAGUUGUCUUUUCAGUUCGAUUCGCUGAUUGUGUGCAUACUAUCGCAUGGCAUCGAUGGUUCCGUUUAUGGCAGCAAUAGCAUUCCUGUAGAGAUAGCUGAAAUUGAACAUAUAAUUACAGGCGAUACGCUGUAUGCCAAGCCAAAAUUGCUAAUCAUACAAGCGUGUCAGAAAGAUGAAUCACCAAUAAGCGAAAAGCGCAAGAUUAAUGUGACGCCUCAUCGUUUCGGUGAUAUUGUCAAGGCAAUGUCGACUGUGCCCGGCUAUUCUGCAAUGCGUCACACGGUGGAGGGCACAUGGUUUAUACAAGAAUUAUGUGAAGCUGUUGAGCGUUUUGGCGAUAGGCGCCACAUUGUUGACAUUCUCAUCUGCGUCAAUCGCAAAGUGAGCGAGCGGCGCGGUAAUGAAAAUGAGAUAAUGAUGCCCAUAUCCAGCAAUACACUACGCAAGUAUUUCUUUUUACCGCCGCGCAGCAACGCCUAACGUCUUUUGUAAGUGCGAAGCAAAGUCGUGACAAUUUUUUUUAAUAAUAUUUAAUUGUAAAGUAGAAAAUAUUUGCUAAUGUAGUUAGUUGUUUUAUAUCGCUGAUCGGUAGAAUUGUUUGUAGAAAAACUAGUUGCUUUAUAAAAAAGGAUUGAGAACGAAAAAAGAUUUUAAAAAUUGCACAACGCUGAAACCGUAUUUUUUGCAAAGCAAUAUAGUCGAGAAGUCUGCAAAAUUUGAAUUUUUGAAGAAAACUAAUCGUUGAUAAUUCCUUUCUUUAUAUAUAUUUUCGUGUUAAUAAAUUAAUGCAAAAAAUCACUUUUUAUUGGCAAGCGUCUAAAAAAGACCAUAUUUCAGAAAAUAUUAAAAAUUUUGUAACCUUCUUUUUUGUACUACAAUUUUAAGGUUUUUACGUUCAGAACUCGAUUUGUUUAAAAGGGGAUACAUUUUCGAAAGUAGUUUUUUUUUCAGUGGAAGCAGCUUUUUCUUUUCGGUAUAUGCUUAUGAAGCACUAAAAUUACGGAAAUCCGAUAGAAAAAUAUUUUUCAAAUAUCUUUUGGUAUCGAUAACUCAGUGUAGUCUGCAAAAAGUUUUUCCCUGCUUUAGAAUUGCUCAAAACUCAGUUUUUUGUAAAGAAAACUUAAUUUAGAAAAACUUGGAUUUUAGAAAAUCCACGUUAUUUUGCCUUUGAUGUUUUAAAUGUUUCCUACUCAUCAAGUAUUUAAAUAAGUUAAUGGCAAAACCAGCUUUCUAAAUAUGAACCAACUCGGACCCGGGAUACGGGUUUUCCAAAUACCUCGACUCUAACGUCACCCAUC